CCCAAAAAUUUGCAUAAAAUUAUAUCAUUAUUUUCUAGAUAAUGAUUAUUUAUCAAUUUAUUCAAUCAUUUCAUUUCCAGUUCUAUAGUGGCUUUCAAACUGUCAACUGUCACACUACAUCGGCAAAAAUAAGAAAACAAAAACAUACGUCAAGUUCUUUGUUUUGAUUUCGUGCUUGGCCACAUUUUGUUGAUAAUUAUUUUUAAAAAUCACAAGUACUUAUAUUUAUUUAUUUAUAAAAAAUGAGCAGCAAUACGGGAACUGUGCGCGCUUUGCCACAAUCAAAGGAAGCACUGCUGAAAUCCUACAACACGCGUCUCAAAGAGGAUGUGCGAAGCAUGCUGGAAAAUUUUGAAGAAAUCAUGAAAUUAGCACGCGGCGAAGGCGAUUCUCAAAUCUCGAAAAUAACGCAAUGUGAACAAGACACCUAUGAAAUGCAAGUACGAGCUGCAAAUAUAGUCCGUGCCGGCGAAUCGCUCAUGAAGCUUGUUUCGGAUAUUAAACAGUAUUUGAUACUCAACGACUUUCAUUCUGUAAAUGAAGCCAUCACAAACAAUUCACAGCUAUUCCGUUCGAAACAAAUGGAAUGCGAUAAGAAAUUGAUGAAAUUGCGCGAUGAAAUGGCAAUGGAUUUGUAUGAUCUCGAAGAGGAAUAUUAUACAAGCAUAUUUAAAUGAAAAUAAGUGGAGUAGUGGAAACAAACCAAAUAAAUUAUUAUUGAGUAAUGCAUAAGGAAAAAUAUAACUAUAACAUUAUAUUCAGCAAAAA